UUAGUUAAACCUGUCAUGGCUGUCAGUUAGUACUUGUAAUAUGAAGUUCAACGUUUUUUUACAUAUUGGGCUACUAAGUUUGCAUUUUUAAUUGUAUACUUUCUUAUAAUUUUAUAUGUAAAAGAAUCUAAAGAAUGUGUAAAAUCAAUACAUUUAUUAAUAUUUAAAUUGAUUUGAAUGACAGUCUUUCAAUUUGUAAUAAUUAAUGGAAGAGAGAAAGUAAUUGAAGAUGGUGAAUAAACAUGCAAUAAAUGUGUGUAAAUUAACAUCACAAGUUUGUUGACAUAAUCAAUUACAUAGGGUGAUUUAUAAAAAGAAAUUACCCCAAAAUAAUUCACAUAAAAUAUGAAAAUAAUAAGAUAAUGAAUGAAUUAAUGAAUUUUUAUUAUAAUCAUUCGUAACCAUUUAAUAUUAUCAGUCAACUGUAAAUAUAAUAGUUUAAUCUUUACUACCAUUAAGUCAUUACAAGACAAUUCACGUUGAAAACAACUCUUGUACCUAAAACGUAAUACUAUUUAUCAAUUAUUAAUUAAGUGAAUUGGCAUCAUACAAAAAUGUUAAACCGAUUUAAAUCGGCUUUAAUUAAUGUUGUUGGUGGGAGUGAACUUGGUUUACAAUAUAACAAUGAAUCCGAAUAUGUUAACCACAUUCCUGUUGAUGUGGAAGCUAAACCAUAUAGUAGGCCUAGUUUUUUGGGUUUAACAGCUGAAGAAACUCAGGUUAGUGCUGAUCAUAAAGUGAGACCAAUCAUUGUUCCAAGAGAUUUAAGUCGUUUACCAUGGUGUGCUGGAUAUGCUGAAUGUAUUAAUGCUGGAAAAAGUAUGUGGAAUGAAGAUCAAGCUGCAGCAACGAGAGGAGACUUAAUAUUACCAGAUAGUGAUGUUUCAUUGCCUUAUAUUAUGUUUUCAAUGUUUGAUGGACAUGCUGGAUAUGAAGUAGCUCUUACUGCUCGGAUACAUCUUCAUAGGGUAAUUCUUAAAAAAUUGCAAACUAUUCCAGCAAAUAUAUUGCUUGAUAUAUUUGAAGAAAAAAUGAUCACAAGCCGUGAUCUUGUCAUUGGAGCUAUUGAAAUGGCAUAUAAGGAAAUGGAUCAAAUAGUAGAAUAUCAAGCACGACAUGGUGGUGGUGGUUGUACAGCUAUUACUAUUUUAUUUUUAAAUGGGGUUCUUUAUGCUGCUGGUGCAGGUGAUUCCAGAGCUGUACUUGUUUAUGGUGAUACUCAACGUGCAUUAACUACUGAUCAUACACCUGAUACAGAAUCGAGCCGUGUAAGAGCUUUGGGAUCAUUAAAAAGUACUGAAUUAUUACAAGGUCAAUUUACACCAUUAGAAUUUAGAAGACGUCCAUUAGAAAAUGAACUUGGUAAUCUAGUUUUGUAUAGAGAGCCUUAUAUGAACGGAUGGGCGUAUAAAACUUUGACGGGAUCUGAUUUAAAAUUACCUCUAAUAUCCGGUCACGGCAAAAGGAGCAGAGUCAUGGGAACAAUAGGAGUUACUCGAGGAUUUGGUGAUCAUAGUUUACAAGCUGUUAGUACUAAUAUCAGUAUUAAACCAUUUUUAUCUUCACAACCGGAAAUUCAAUGUUUUCAUCUCGAAGAUUAUCAACUUACCGAGAGAGAUUGUGUAAUUAUUGCAACUGAUGGCUUAUGGGACGUUGUAUCUGAUAAAGAUGCGGGAAAUGUACUUAGAAAAAUUUUAGCACCUGAUACACCAUCUCUAGAGUACAGUUUGAUCGCUUCCAGAUUAACUAUGGCAGCACAAGAAUUGGUUCAAGCAGCUCGAGGUCGUCUAAAAGGUCGUUUGUGGAGAAGUAAACCUGAAAAUUUAGUUGACGACGAAUAUCAAUUAUGGCCUUUAGCAUCUGUUGAUGAUAUUAGUGUUAUGGUGAUUCCUUUAUAUCCAUACUUGUGUGAGCAUAAACAGUGGAAGAAAUCUCUUUACCAAGAUAGACGAUUUUCAUCUGAUCAUGCUUCAGCUGAUUCCAACUAAACAUUUCUCUUACGAUACAUUCAGUAUGCUGCUAAGUAUUCCAAUGUUGAAUCGUUUAAUAAUUGUUUAAUUUAAUGAGGAUUAUUUUUUAUUUAAAUCUUUUUUUCUUAUUAUUUCUUUAUUAUUAUUAUAAUCAUUAUUUUGAAAUUAUACACAUAACACAAAAAUUAGUAGAUACCUGAAAAAUGCAAAAAUAAUAAUCAGAUGAAUUGCAAUUUUAUUGAUGUAUAUUAUUGUGUAUUUAGACAUUCCACAAAAAAUUAUAAUAUGUCAUUAAUAAAAUUUUUCUAUUAACUGAAUAA